GAGGAGUCAGAUAUCGACGAUAGAGUGAUAUUGAGGGAAGUACAAAUGUGGACUGUAACGGUGAGGGAUUAACGACGGUGACGGUGUUGGAAGUCAACAACUUCAAGCGUCAAUAUCACCACCAGCAGCGAGACGUGAUUUUCAAAAUGGAGGCAGAAACAAGCCACCAAGCCAACUGCAACUCGAACACAGCGUUCCACAGAACUCAGUAAUUCAAUUUGAAGUCAUAACAGCCAAUCAGAUCACUUUUCGUCAUCUCUCCGUUUCGACACGUUCUCGGAUCGCUCUCACACGCUUUAGUUGCGCCGAUCUUGUGAGUGCGGAGCGUUGGAAGUGGAGAAAGCAAAUACUGUCAAAUACAGCAGGUUAUUUCUCGCUUCGAACAUACACAAGUGACAACCAUUGCCUCUCCGCGUUUAAAAGUUGUGUAACUAAAUGUUUCACUUCAUGUUGUGUUAUGAUAUUUGUACACUCAUUUGCACAUUGUGAAUUCUGGUUCCCUUGAAUGGAACCGUCUGAACGCUAUUCCGACCUUCAGAGACGUGGAAGCUCUUUGAGUGAGAAUCGAAUGCGAAAACUUACUUAGUAGUACUCACUCAGUUUAAAAGUAAACUUUGCUAAAGACAGACACGAGUCUUUACCGGCAAAAUAACACGUCAAACACUUGUGGCAAAGUGUAUUGGGAAUAUUCUUUGAAUUGUGUGUGUACUCGUAUGUCACAGAAAUCGUUAUACUAAAUCAUUGGCGGUACAAUUUGAUUACUCGAGUGACAUUGUGGAUUUAAAUUUCAUUUUUAUAAUCGUCAUAUUAUUGCUUUAACUCGCGCGCUAGAUAUACGAGUCUAUAUCCAGGGCAGCAUUGGCGUGAAACUACGCUGAGAUCCAAUCCAGCUAGCUAAUUAAAUUAACGCCCUCACGCAAUUGUCGAGAUUGUCGUUGACAAUUUGAUUUAUCUAUGCGGAUAUACAUACAUAUGUACAUAUGUAUAGACAUACAUACAUAAAAAAGCUUGCAUUCACCAUCAGUGUACAAAUAAAACACAUAAACAUGUGUCAAUGUUUACAAUAAUACAACGAGUGUAAGCGUGUGCAUAAAGUAUUUACUGUGAUACAAAAGGCGUAAGCCGCACGAUCUAAUGCCAAUGAUAUAAGCGUCAUUAACACUUUUCUAAAUCAGUAAUAAAAGAUUUUAAGUGUUUGAGUUUAUUUGUUAUGUGGACCCGGUUUCUAUAAUUUAAUAUGUGCUAAAAAUACCAUCCAACAAAUAGAGUACCGACGUAACUGUAUCCCUCAUUUGUGAAAGUUGUAGACAAGUGUUGUUUACCAAUUUUUUUUUUAUAUUAUAUUGCAUAUAGUAUAUACAGCUGUUGAAAACAUACGAUGGAUGCAUAAAUUUGUAUGUACAGUGAUUAGAAAAUAUAAAAUUCCAUAGCUUUUUGCUAUUUAUGAAAAACAUCACACGUGCAUAUGUAUGAUUUAAAUACGUAAACUAUCAAGGCACAUAUCAAAUUCAAGCUUAAUUAGUCUCAACAAUUGAGAGAAGGCGAACAAAAUGAUGACGAUGAAUGAAUUAGUGGAUCUGCGAAUGCAACAACAAAUCGCGCAUGAAAUCUAUCGUCAACAAAUUAUGCAACGAAUUCCAGAUCCCUUCCCACCUAUGCUGCCUAUACCGAUUCCUCGGCACGUGGUAAUGCCACCCAGAAUCUCUUUACCGGACGCUGAAGUAAAGUUACAAAACGAUCAACUUUGGAAACAGUUUCAUCAAAUUGGCACCGAAAUGAUAAUAACAAAAAGUGGCAGACGUAUGUUCCCUUCUAUGCGUCUCUCACUCUCUGGCCUGGAGGAUGAAUCCAAUUAUUGUGUUUUGUUGGAAAUGGUGCCAAUAGGUGAUUGCCGAUACAAAUUCUCCGGAUCACAAUGGAUGCCUGCCGGAGGAGCCGAACCACAGAGUCCACAAAGGAUGUAUUUGCAUCCGGAUAGCCCAGCGUCUGGGGCCCAUUGGCAGGCGCAGCCUAUUCUGUUUAAUAAAGUUAAACUCACUAAUAACACACUGGAUAGUAAUGGACACAUUGUUUUAGCCAGUAUGCACAAGUAUCAACCACGCAUUCACGUGAUACGCACUGCAGAUUUAACGCAGAUACCAUGGGCUCCUCAACAGGCCUUCAUAUUUCCAGAAACAGAGUUUGUUGCUGUAACAGCUUAUCAGAAUGAUCGCAUCACCAAAUUGAAGAUAGACAAUAAUCCGUUUGCGAAGGGCUUCCGCGAAACUGGACAAUCGCGAAGUAAACGUAAAAUGUCUUCAUCACCUUCCGAUGAAGACUCCGAGCAACAACAAACUGGGCGGCAAUACGGAAUAAGAGCACUGUUAUCACAACCUCAAACACAUUCCCACAGUCAGCGCAAUGUUGUGUCGCCAACCAUUCCUGCCUUGGCGCUGACCAGCGAGUCGGGAUCAUCAAUUUGUUCAGAUAAGACGGGAAAUCCGAACAACGGCGAAAAUGACUUCGUGGACGUUGACAUUGUUGCGGAUGCCGACAUCGAUGACGGCGGACCACAAAUAAAGCGCUUGAGAUCAAAUAACUCCGCCGGUUCGAUAGCAUCGACACCGCUCGAAAAGACGUUCGUUAAUGCGCAUGUGACUAGCGAGCAUGAACCCUUUUCCGCUGUUACUGAGGAGACCAGUGCACAACAGGCAUUGCUAACACAACUACCGGAUAAGACUGUCGUGCCUGCUUUCGCCAAUGGUGGCCAAUCGUCAUUUAUUUUCCAUCAUUUGCAGCAAAACAUGCAAACAAUGCUACGACCCUCAUUGGUCGACUUAGCUUGCACCUACUUUGGUCGAUCUCAGCCCAUUUACCUUCAGCAUAUGCACCCACCUCAUUCAACUAUCGGCGAUCAAACCUUGUCCAUCUCAAUGCCACCAACAGCUGAAAGUUGUUCACAUCUAGAGUAUGUCGAUUCAUUGAUACCUUCUAGUGCUAACGAAAUACUCUGUCGUUCGUUAGUGCCCGAUGAAGAGAAUGUCCUUGCGGGAACCGUUGACAAUGACGAAGGUAAAAAUAAUGCCACUUUGAUAUCGAAUAGCACACAAAUACUGCAAUUGGAGAGCUUAAUGAGUCAUUCGCCACCAAAAAGAAAAGGUUUCAGCAUUUCUGCUAUUUUAGGAGGAAACAGCUAAAGCUAACAAUAAAUUUAUCGAUAAUAAAGUUUCUUCCGCGUAAAUUGUUCUUAUGUUUUAAGUUAUAAUAUUGUACAGUUUUAAACAAAUGAAAUUACACCGAUGAAUUGUUAAAAUACUAUAACUCACGUUUGUAAUUGUGCGAUAGCACAUUCUUAAACAAGAUACAUAUGUAUGUAUAAAUCAAGUACAAAUACAAUAUAUAUAUAUAUCACUUGGAGGCUUGACAAGUCAAUACAAUA